CCCGCGGGUCUUGCAGGGUUCUCAACUCUGCCGCCCUCUUCCAGCGGGCUCUUUCCUUCGCUCUCCCUCCCACGCCCUCCCUCCUCCCGCUUUGCCCGCCGCCUGGAAUGAAGAUGGUGGCGAGCGUCCGAGUGCAGAAGCUGGUUCGCCGGUACAAGCUGGCGAUCGCCACGGCGCUGGCCAUUCUGCUCAUCCAGGGCCUGGUGGUGUGGAGUUUCAGCAGCCUGGAGGAGGACGAUCAGGGAGAGAUUCAGCAAAGGAAGCCCCAGCUUCUUGAAAACAGUGAUGGGUCAAAGGAUUCAGACAGCUCUGCAGGCCGACGAGGCAGCUUAAACAGGAAGCACGAAAGGUGGAAGAAUCGUCUGGAUAACCCUGGUGUGCUGGUUGCCAAAGUGGUGAGGGCGGUCACAGUGAAGCAUCAACCGAGUCUCAAGCUGCCAGUCUAUUCGGAUACUUCCAGUCGAAGGAACUGGACGCAGCUUAGAAGGGAUGCCCAACUGGCCAUGUUCCAGCACGGAGACACCGGCAGUGUGGAAGGAGCCCCACAGCCUACCGAGAACAACUUCACUCCCAAGUGUGAAAUCACGGGCAAAGAUGCGCUGUCUGCAUUAGCCAGAGCUAGCAGUAAGCAGUGUCAGCAGGAGAUUGCCAAUGUGGUGUGCCUGCACCAAGCUGGAAACCUGAUGCCACGGUCAGUACCCCGGCAGUGCCAGCUCUCAGGGAAGGUUAGUCCUGUGAUCCAAUGGGAUGAGAGCAAAAUGGUCCAGGCCUCCGUGGACAAGCCAGUUCGAAUUGCAUACAUGCUUGUGGUUCAUGGGAGAGCCAUCCGCCAGCUGAAGCGCCUCAUUAAGGCUGUGUAUCACCAGCAGCAUUUCUUUUACAUACAUGUGGACAAGCGUUCUACAUAUCUGCACCGGGAAGUGAUGGAUCUGGCCCAGCAUUAUCCUAACAUCUUGGUUACCCCCUGGCGCAUGGUCACAAUCUGGGGUGGGGCCAGCUUGCUGAAGAUGUACCUGCGGAGCAUGAAGGACCUGCUGGAGGUGACAGAUUGGGCCUGGGACUAUUUCAUCAAUUUGAGUGCCACCGACUACCCCACCAGGACCAAUGAGGAGCUGGUGACAUUCCUAUCAAAAUAUCGGGACAAGAAUUUUUUGAAGUCUCAUGGACGCGAUAAUGCUAGGUUCAUCAAGAAGCAGGGCCUAGACAGACUUUUCCAUGAAUGUGACACACAUAUGUGGCGACUGGGUGAACGGCAGAUCCCAGAGGGUAUCGUGGUGGAUGGUGGCUCAGACUGGUUUGCCCUAACGCGCAGUUUUGUGGAAUAUGUGGUGUACACCAGCGAUCAAUUGGUCUCCCAGCUGCAACAGUUCUACACAUACACACUUCUCCCAGCAGAGUCCUUUUUCCACACUGUCUUGGAGAACAGCCAUGCCUGUGACACCUUGGUAGACAACAACCUCCGGGUGACAAACUGGAACCGCAAGCUGGGCUGCAAGUGCCAAUAUAAGCACAUAGUUGAUUGGUGCGGAUGUUCCCCAAAUGACUUCAAACCACAGGACUUCUUGAGACUGCAGCAACUCUCCAGACCUACAUUUUUUGCCAGGAAGUUUGAGUCCACCAUCAACCAGGAGGUGCUGGAAAUCUUGGACACUCAUCUCUAUGGUAACUACCCACCUAACACGCCAGCCCUCAAGGCCUAUUGGGAGAGUGUCUAUGACCGUGUGGAUGGGCUGAGUGGGUUCAGCGACGUCACCCUGACUGUGUACACAUCCUUCUCCAGGCUGGGGCUACAGAAAAUGACCUCUGCGCCAGCCCAGAAAAAAGACAGGCCGUGCAGGUUUGAGCCACAGGGUUUUCCAUCCAGUGUCCACUUGUAUUUUUAUGACGACCAUUUCCAGGGCUACUUGGUGACUCAAGAAGUUCAGAACUCUGUAACUCAACAGGUGGAGUUUCUAGAAAUAUGGAUGAUGCCCCGUGGGACUCUCAAAUUAGCGGCUAGUGGCAAAUCAGCCAACCGUUUGCAGAAUCUUGAGGUAGGUACUGAGUGGGACCCCAAAGAGAGGAUCUUCCGCAAUUUCGGUGGCCUGAUCGGGCCUUUUGAUGAACCGGUGGCUAUGCAGAAAUGGGCACGGGGACCCAACCUCACGGCCACCGUAGUUUGGAUUGACCCCACCUAUAUCAUUGCCACGUCCUAUGAUAUUACAGUAGAUGCAGAUGCAGAGUACACACAGUACAAACCACCUCUCAAUUGGCCCCUCCGCCCAGGAGCCUGGACCAUCCGCCUUUUCCAUUUCUGGGAGCCCUUGGGAGAGAGCCAGUUCCUAGUGGUUCCCCAGACCUUCAACCACAAGCAGCCUCUCCGGAAAGAUGAUGGCAAGUGGCUCCAUGCUGGCCCUCCCCGGAAUGAGUACAUGGAGCAGAAUUUCCAGGGCCUGGCUGGGAUCCUGAACCUUCCCCAUUUAGAUGAAAUGGGGCGAGCUUCCCAGCAGCACGCACAGCUCUUUGGCCAUGCUCUAGAGAACUGGACAGACAGCAGCAUCAGCAGUUUCUGGUCGGUAGCGGGACUCUGCAUGGCGAGCCCUUCUAGCUGCUCGCCCUUGGAGCUUUGUAACAAAACCUCUUGGAGUUCACUGUCCCCAGACCCCAAAUCAGAACUGGGGACUAUCAAGCCAGAUGGACGGCUGAGGUAGCAGGGGCAGCCGGCAGCACAUUCUUGGGAUCAAAGAGGCAUCGCCCCAUGGAGGGGGUGGGGUGGGGUGGGGUGGGGGACAUGAACCCCUCCUCUCUGCAGGGAAAACUCUUUUAUGACUUCAGCCUGUGAAAGUGCACCAUUGUCACAUGGGACAAACACGAGGACGGGAACCUUUUGUCGUGGCAGGCUUAGUGGUGCAAAAUGCAGCAGAGCAGAAUUCCCCACCACCAUUCUCAGGAUUUGCUGGAAAGAAGCAAAGGCAAGGAAGAGGAGCAACAUAUUUAUAAACCAACGGAGCAACGGAAACGUUCUUGACCGACAGAUUUGACUCUUAGCUCCCCAGCUCCAGCGCACCUAGGCCAGCGGGACCUCACCAAUCAUGGAGUACGCUCUGCAAGAUCAGGACUCUCUGUUCCCAAAUGGUUGCUGGCAAAGCAUUCUGGGAAAUGGCAGGAUGGAGUUGAGGAAUACAGGAAGCCAGCUGCUUGGCAGACCUGUUUUCCAUCUUCUUCUUCCUCCAACCUUUUGGUUCUUAUUUUUUUUUUUAUAAAAGUGCAUGUGUAUAUAUAAGACAAAAGUGCAAUAUAGACCACAGUCAUCUUACCUCUCUCCCCCCUCUUCAGCGUCAAUGUUUCCAUUCUCUUCUCCAACAUGUUGUCUUGAUGUUUUAUAGGGUAUAAAACAAAAUUGAGUGCCCUCCUAGGCGUCCUGGGUGGUUGGAUCUUGCUGCUAAGAUUUGAAAGUUGUUUUUUUCUUGGGGGGAGGGGUGCAAAAUGGAAAUGAGCUCCCCUUCCCAGCCUUACAAGCAAAACAGGAGCUGGGCCUUUCUGGCCAAUGUGCCAAGCUCCCCUUUUAAUGGAACUGCCGGUGGUGCCAAAUCCAAUGUACCCACUAUUGCCUGUUGUGAGGUAUCUCAAGCCUUACAGUCUCAGCUGUCUUUCCUCUUCCAGUAUGAAUUCUGGCUAUGGCUACGUAUUGGUAGUAGAGCUAGGCUAAUGGCCCUGAGUGUUCUUACUAAAGGGUCUCAAUCCAUCUGAAGCAAAGCAUUAUAUAUCUUUCCGUUUUGCCUCUUUUCAAUGGAUUACUGGACAUCUGGCUAUCUCCUUUUACCUUCCUUGGAUUCCCCUAACCUGUUUCCUCUCAUCCUUUCCACGGUUACUUCUGUAUUGUUUCAUCUUCCCUUAAUUUUCCGUUAACGCUUAAGCUUGUCAGGUUCAGACAAUACUGUGUCCUGCACACGUUUACAUGUCCUCACCCUGUCCUCUAUUGGAAAAGCUGUCCCUUUAAGAGCUAUAGCUCCUUCAGCCAAAAACAGAUUUCCCAUCCUCAGAGAGUGAUGCUGUUCUGUACUGAAUGUUGUCCAAUGUCUAAACAUAUUUCUUAGUCUGAUUUGCUCUUUCAGAAAACUGCAUCCCAGAAAACUGAGUGAACCACCCCUAGUUCAACUGGGGCCAACAAUGUCUGAGCUUGUCUUUUCCUAAUGGCUAUUGGAGGAGGGGAAGUAUCAAGAAAAGAAAUUAUUCUUUGGAAUAUUUUUAAUGUGUGCCAUAUCAGAAUAUACUGAUCAGGGAUGGAGAGCUGAUCUCUUCCCAAAUUGUUGAGUUCCAGCUUUCAUAAGACACUGCUAACAUGGCCAGGGGUUAAGAAUGAUGGAAGCCGUAGUCUGCCAUUGUGAGAGCAACAUGGGCAUUUAAAUGGUUUCAUGUAGAGUGGAGUUAUUGUUGCCUGUGAAAAGGAGUUUUAGAAUGGGUCUAUCCCCCACUCUCCAUGUCCAGCUGAAGUUCUGAAGCAACUUCAGAAAGGUUUUAAAAGGACCCUAGUCUCAGGUUUUGAUCCAAGCUUUUCAAAACCUGCAGGUGGUUAACUUCCUGGAUCAAAAGCGUAGAUGACCAGGGUUGUCUGGUUUUAAAAAUAACCUUCCGUUUUAAGGUCUGCACUGAUGCAAGAAGAAACAAAGCAAAUGGAAAUGCUCGUUGAUGAGGUAUGGCAGAACAACAACACAAAUGGUUAGGAUCAGUUCCGCCACACAUAGCAUAGACUGUGGGGCUGGGGAAAGAGUAGUACCUCAACCUGGGAAAGUUUCUUCCGUGUACUGUGCUAAGCGUCAGCUGCAACCCUUUCCAAAGAACGAGUGCUGAAAAAUGUGGUGUCAGAGCAUUAUGUAAAGUUGUCUUAUAUAUGCAACACAAAUAUAUCUACGGUAUAUCUCUA